GAAACAAAUCUGGUGCUAGUUCACACACAGACAAUCAAAGUACGUCUGGACCGAAAGAAACCAAAAUCGCAAACCAUCAUUCAUUGAGCUAAUAGCAUCGGCCUGAUCGAGUGGGCCCAUCGUUGAAUUCAAAGGCGUUAGGUGUGUGACCCGACAGCAACUAACCGUAGAUCGUCAUCCACAGAAAUGGGAACGCCUUUUUCUUGAUAAUUACUACAUACCUAAUAAUGCCUCGCUUUAAACAAGUGUGGAGAGUUACUUAAAUCGAAAAUUCUUCUGGGAGUUCGAUUCCGGCGAUGGACGGUGGCGGUUCAAGCCGACUCUCCGGCGCUGAGAUUCACGGGUUCCAUACAUUGAAAGAUUUGGAUUUUCCAAAUAUGAUGGAAGAAGCCAGGUCAAGAUGGCUACGUCCAAAUGAAAUUUAUGCUGUACUUUGCAACCACAAGUAUUUCACCAUCAAUGCGAAGCCAGUGAACUUGCCGAAAAGUGGUACUAUUGUAUUUUUUGACCGAAAGAUGCUCAGAAACUUCCGAAAAGAUGGCCAUAACUGGAAAAAGAAAAAGGAUGGAAAGACCGUUAAAGAAGCUCAUGAACACUUAAAAAUUGGUAAUGAAGAGAGGAUUCAUGUAUAUUAUGCACAUGGCCAAGAUAACCCAACCUUUGUUCGCAGAUGUUACUGGCUACUUGAUAAGACUCUGGAACACAUAGUUCUUGUUCACUACCGCGAAACACAGGAGUUGCAGGGUUCUCCAGCCACACCUGUGAAUUCAAAUUCCAGCUCAAAUUCUGAUCAGUCUACUUCUUUGCUUGUUACGAAAGAGUUUGAUUCUGGAGCUGGUAAUGCAUAUUAUGAAGAACCCAGUGAUAGUGUUAAAGUCAGAAAUCACGCAAUGACGCUUCAUGAGAUUAAUACGCUUGAAUGGGAUGAGCUUGUGGUGACGAAUGAUUGUAAUGAUUCAGCUGUAUCUAGAAGAGACAAGAAUUCUUGCUUUGACCAAGGUAACCAAAUAACAGUAAAUGGCUUCUCAAAUGAUGGUGACCCUAUCUCUGCCUAUAAUUUAUCAACAGAAAUUUCAUUGCUUGGUAAUUUAGUUGGGUCAGUUGCUCAGAGUAAUAAUGCUUACCUCAACACCCCAGAUGCUGUUUGCUAUCAGAUAUCAGGUGUCCAAGUAAAUUCUAAUGUGCAGAAAGACUCUAGUGCCAUUGGGACAGGCGAAUCAUUGGACCUUCUGGUCAAUGAUAGUUUACAAAGUCAGGACAGUUUUGGGAGGUGGAUGGACCGUGUUAUGACUGAAUCCCCAGGUUCAAGGGAUGAUCCUGUGCUAGAAUCAUCAAUUUCAUCUUGUCAAGAUUCCUUCACCUCUCAAGAGCAAAUAUUUACCAUAACUGAAGUCUCACCUGCAUGGGCCUAUUCAACUGAAAAGACAAAGAUUUUAGUCACUGGAGUCUUUCAUCAAGCUUAUCAACAUCUUGUUAAGUCCAAUUUAUUUUGUGUAUGUGGUGAUGUAUGUAACCCAGCAGAAAUUAUUCAGGUUGGGGUAUAUCGCUGUUUGUUAUCACAACAUGCCCCAGGACUAGUGAAUCUGUAUAUGAGCCUUGAUGGACAUAAACCCAUCAGCCAAGUUUCUAGUUUUGAAUAUCGUGCUCCUUCAUUGCAUGAUCCUAUAGUUCCUCUGGAAGAUGAGUCAAGAUGGGAGGAAUUCCUAUUGCAGUUGAGGCUUGCUUAUUUGCUUUUCUCUACUUCUAAGAGCCUUAACAUUCUAUCGGGUAAAGUGUCACCAAAUUCGCUGAAGGAGGCUAAGAAGUUUGCUCAAAAGACUACUAACAUAUCCAAUAGCUGGACAUAUUUGAUUAAGUCAAUUGAAGAAAAUCGAGCUUCUUUUACACAAGCAAAAGAUAGUUUAUUUGAAAUUGCUUUGAAGAACCGGUUAAAGGACUGGCUGUUGGAGAGAAUAAUUGAAGGCAGUAAAACAACCGAAUAUGAUACUCAAGGUCAAGGAGUGCUUCAUUUGUGUGCCAUUCUUGGUUAUGCUUGGGCCAUUCAUCUAUUUUCAUGGUCUGGCUUGUCACUGGAUUUUCGUGAUAAACAAGGAUGGACAGCUCUUCAUUGGGCAGCAUAUUAUGGGCGGGAAAAAAUGGUUGCUGUUCUUUUAUCUGCAGGGGCAAAGCCAAACUUGGUGACAGACCCCACCACCCAAAAUCCAAGUGGUUGCACUGCGGCUGAUCUUGCAUCUUUGAAGGGUUAUGAUGGGAUAGCUGCUUAUCUUUCAGAAGAGGCUCUAGUAGCACAGUUCAAUGAUAUGGCUGUAGCUGGAAAUGCUUUUGGCUCUCUGCAAACCAGUAAAACAGAGGCAACAAAUUGUGAUAACCUUGACGAAGAUGAACUAUAUUUGAGGGAAACUUUAGCAGCUUAUAGGACAACUGCUGAUGCGGCUGCACGCAUACAUACCGCAUUCAGGCAGCAUUCCUUCAAAAUACGAGCUAAAGCAGUUGAGUCUUCCAAUCCUGAGUAUGAAGCGCGAAAUAUAGUUGCAGCUCUGAAGAUUCAACAUGCCUUUCGCAACUAUGAGACCAAAAAAAAGAUGGCUGCUGCUGCGAGUAUCCAAUAUAGGUUCCGUACUUGGAAAAUGCAUAAAAAUUUCGUUAACAUGCGUCGCCAGGCUAUCAAAAUCCAAGCUGCUUUCCGGGGCUUCCAAGUAAGGAGGCAGUACCGUAAGAUUUUGUGGUCAGUUGGUGUGCUUGAGAAAGCAAUUCUGCGAUGGCGAUUAAAGAAAAAAGGUUUUCGUGGGCUACAAGUUAACACAGUUGAAGCAGUUGCAGAGCAAAGGCAGGAAAGUGACACAGAAGAGGACUUCUACAAAACCAGCAGAAAACAAGCUGAAGAACGUGUUGAGAAAGCCGUUGUACGAGUUCAAUCUAUGUUCCGCUCAAGGAGAGCACAGGAGGAAUACCUGAGAAUGAAGAAGACUCGUGAUCUAGCAGCGUUGGAAUAUGAAAGCCUUCUCAGCCCUCCUUCUGAUAUGGAUGCUAGAAGACAUUGAAGAUCAGAACGAUCACACCUAAGUCGAAGAGUAACCCUAGGGAGCUGUACAUUUGUAAAUGCAGUUGAUGUCUAGUCGUACCCUUCUCACUGUUUUAAGAUUUCGAGGGGGGUGGUAAUUGGUAAGUUAUUGCGGAUCCUUAGUCGUUUCGUAUUAGGUUUUGAUCUGUAAUCUAGUUAGUGCUUUGAGUGUUAAGACCUAGGUGAAACGUAGAUAUAAAGGUAUUAAAGCCAAUAUUCCUCUUGGUGUGUGUUCCAUGCAUUGCAUCAUCGUUGAGCCAAGAUUAGCGUAUUAGUUUUCUGAUGUCUGCAGGAUGUUUAUACCAUUAAUAUUAGUGUCGUUCUA